UUAACCCUGCAAUUUAGUGUUACAGGAAUUUCUGUGCAAAGGUUUAUCUAGGGUUUAUCCUCUUCCAAAUCAACCACGCCGCCGCCUCCACCGCCGCUUGUCCUCCAGCGUCAGCCUUCUCCCUUGAAACGCCGUCUCCGGCGGCGGCACGAGGUCCCGUAGCGAUCACGACCGCCGCACCUACCAGCAGCCGACGCCGUGAAGAAAUGAUAGAUUUGAUGUUGGAAGAGAGCUGUGGGAUGAUGUUACAAAAAGCGGCCUUGUGUUAGGAUGCUCAGAAGAUCUGCUGGAUCCCUUGAAGACAGAGGUAUUCAGACCAGCUUGUCCAGCACAAAGACUGAGUCCUCAAAACUAUAAGAGCUUGGUCCAGAAAAAGAAGAUUACUGCUGCUCGAAUAAAAAAAGACACUGCUAUUUCACCCUAGUUUUGAUUCAAGUGCACAUUAGACUUUAUGGAUACAUCACAGGGGCAAGAACAAGAUUUUGGUGUACUGCUUAAGCAGGGGGCAGAAGGAAGGGUGUUUCUUUCAAUAUUUGUGGGACGAAAAUGCGUAAUCAAAGAGCGCUUUUCAAAGAAGUACCGGCACCCAUUGUUGGACUCAAAGUUGACUCUAAAGCGGUUGAAUGCCGAAGCUCGGUGCAUGACAAAAGCAAGACGACUUGGUGUUCCUACCCCGGUUCUGUAUGCUGUGGAUCCACUUCUACAUACUUUGACCUUUGAGUAUGUGGAUGGCUUGUCUGUCAAGGAUAUACUUCUUGGGUUUGGGUCACAGGGGGUUAAUGAGGAACGCCUAAAUGAUAUUGCCACACAGAUAGGGAAUGCAGUUGGCAAACUACAUGAUGGAGGCCUUGUUCAUGGUGAUUUGACAACAUCAAACAUGAUAAUCAAGAACAUCAACAAUCAAUUGGUUCUUAUUGAUUUCGGUUUGAGCAUCACAUCAACACUUCCUGAGGACAAAGCGGUGGACCUAUAUGUGCUAGAGAGAGCUUUGAUUUCCAUGCAUUCGUCCUGUGGGGAUGUGAUGGAGAAAAUCCUCUCAGCGUACAGAAAAGCUUCGAAGCAGUGGUGCUCCACCCAGAACAAGCUAGCUCAAGUGAGGCAACGGGGCAGAAAGCGCACAAUGGUCGGAUAAAAUCUGGCCUGGAGUUGCUGGAUGUUAUGAGAGGCUAUCUAAACUAAGAUUACUCAGGAGAAACCUGCACCGCCAUAUUUCCUUGCUAUAUUUUUAGCGGUUCUUAUUGAUUUUGGUUUGAGCAUCACAUCAACACUUCCUGAGGACAAAGCGGUGGACCUAUAUGUGCUAGAGAGAGCUUUGAUUUCCAUGCAUUCGUCCUGUGGGGAUGUGUCAGGGCAUGUACAAAGGAGUGAUGUCAGCUGUCUGUAAGGGUUGUCACCUAGGAUUUUUUAUGACACGGUGCGAUGCUAAUGAAGAGAGAGAAGAAGGUCAUCUCUUAAUCAAGAGACAGUUUGAAGAUGACACGGAUCAUGUUAUAGACAGCAGCUGUCUCAACAGUUGUACAUGCCCUCGGUGCGCAUGUCUAUACUCCAUCUGCCUGAUACCAUGUUCCGUGCAACUUUUAUGUACGAUGGAGAAAAUCCUCUCAGCGUACAGAAAAGCUUCGAAGCAGUGGUGCUCCACCCAGAACAAGCUAGCUCAAGUGAGGCAACGGGGCAGAAAGCGCACAAUGGUCGGAUAAAAUCUGGCCUGGAGUUGCUGGAUGUUAUGAGAGGCUAUCUAAACUAAGAUUACUCAGGAGAAACCUGCACCGCCAUAUUUCCUUGCUAUAUUUUUAGCGGUUGAGUGGCUUUCGCUCUUGUAACAUUUGUACUUUGAAUCAUGUAUUGCCCAUUCUGUCAGCAGCGUUGCUCUGAACUGGACAUGGUAUAAUCUGAUCCAUGAGUCGUGUUCGUAUUCUUGGCAAAAUGGUGUGCUUGGUUGCUUGU